UACGAAUAUGAGCCGCUCAAUCUCACAAAGGAUCAGAUACGGCUCGUCAUUAUAAAACCAGGACCAGAAGACAGCACCAUCGAAUGCACCCUUGACGUAUUCGACAAGGACAAUGCACCCGAGUACAUCACCCUGUCGUACACGUGGGGAUCGCCGACAAUGACACGACUUAUCCGUGUCAACGGACGAAGCCUCUCAGUCCGCCAGAACCUCUACGAAUUCUUGACCUGUUACCGCAACGACAAGACCAACACAUGCCACAUCUGGAUCGACCAGAUCUGCAUAUCCCAGGCCCAUACCAGUGAACGCAACCACCAGGUCGCCAUGAUGGCUCGCAUCUACGAGGGAUGCUUGCACGCAAUCAUCUGGCUGGGCAGAGAAUCGGAGCAGCUCGCCUUGGACUUCUCGCAAAGAAGAUGGGGCGGGCAAUACUUGGCUGCAAACGAUUAUUUCAGACGUCUGUGGAUUGUGCAAGAGGUUGUUCUGUCACCCAAGCAGGUUAUACUUUGCGGCAAU